AUGUUGGUGUUCCUGAUACUAGCAGAGUGCUUGUACUGCGUGGUGCGACAAGAGUCGAGCUUUGUGGUUGGUGCCUCGAGCCGUGCAAGCAGGAAGCGCACGACCUGUCGUGCUGAGACAGGCGAGAUGAGCUUCGAGCUUGAGCCCGUGCUGAAAGCAGCACACAGGGAAUGGGGACGGUACUUUGAAAAGCAUGCCGUGCGACGUCUAGGUUCAAAGUAUCGUCCUGUGAUGGGACUGGAAAGGUGGGAUUUCGACAUCGACAUGGGCAAAAAGGGGCAGGUGGACUUUUUGGGCGUAGGCAACGGAAUUGAAGCCUGGCAAGCAUUCGCUAAGGACUACAAGGCAUACAUGCACAAUGCCACCUACACCAAAUUGCAGAAGCCCCAUUUCCUCAUCGCAGAGAUUGGGCUGACCACACAAACUCUGAAAAAGAAGUUUGACGACAAUGCAACCUCGCUACUGUUGUUGCAAUCUUUUGUCAGCAGCGUCGAAUCACACAACCUGAACGCGGUGAAAUGCUUGGUCUACGAUGGAGCAGAUGCCGAAGAUUUCACCAAGUGCCAUGAGGCGAGAAAAUUCAUGGAUCAAGGAGGCAUCUUGAUCAACAUUCCAUACUUGUCAGCAGAGACAGUUCUCGACAAGCUCAACGAGACCACCAAACUCCGUGAGGAGAUCAGACAGUUGUUGAAUCGUUCAGGCAUGACCUCAACGUCAUCCCCGUCAUUUGUCGUCUGGGCGCGGGAGCUGGCCCGGAACCAGGACAGUGUUGUGAGAGCACGCGGUUUUAGCUCUGUCGUCGAGUUCUUGGCCGGGCUUGGAGGGGCUCCGGAUUGUGGGAGUGUCUCUGAGCGUCGGCAGGGCGGAGCAUGA